GAAACAGACGCCAUCUUGGCUCAACUGAAAGUCGCCGGCGGGGGAAUCUCACGCCACUUCAGCGUUGCUUGAGCCAAAAUGUCCCACCCUUGCUGCAGUUCGUAGUAACCUUCUCCAUUAAACCUUUGGGGGAGGGAUAUACGAGAGCUGUCGCACAAACUACUUCUUCCUUCACUUCUGUGGAACACUGGAAAAUGGCCUAGCUGUGCAUGGAGAUAACCUACAGAAGCCAAAGACGUUGUCGCUGGGUUAUUUGUUAUGAAGUAUGUUGAAUUUUACCCGGAGAGUUUCAUGGCUGAAUCGUGCGUGAAGAUGAUGAAGAAGAACAUGAUGAUGGGAAUUCCACCGUAAACAGCCACAGGUCAUUUGCAGACUCCUGUGUGAAAGCACAGUCCGCAUACGCACUGCAAAUGGAGUAUGUGAGAACCUGGUGUUGGCUGCCUCACAUACAGCUCUACACAUAAUCAGAUGUGGCUGUCCAAUGUGUGUGAAACUGGAUGAGACAAGGGCUCUUCAGGAGCCUUUGUGCAGAUAUUCCUGCAGUUACUGAAGAGGACCUCUGAGCAGGUUCACACGGCACUUGGCAGGGUGGAGUUUCUUGACCCAUGGAGAAUUACUUCCAGGCUGAGGCCUUUAACCUGGACAAGGUGCUGGACGAGUUUGAACAGAACGAAGAUGAAACAGACACACCGACUCUUUCGGAUGCCAAGUGGACCCAGAUUCUCGCCCCGCCAUCGCACUUUCUUUCACUGAAUCCAGCACUGACCCACUCCGACCUAAGCCCAAGGGACAGCCCUAUCAGCUUCAAGCCGCUUCUAGAUGCCCAGACAUCAGACGGCCCGUCUUUGGCUGAGGUCACCAGGUUAGAGGGGAAACAGGGGGUGGGACAGCAGCCAGAGGGCAGGAGUGAAGAACGGCCAGCAGAUGUGCACAGUCCUCCUCUGCCCCAGCCCAACAUUGGCAAGCUGGUGAGCACUGAUGGGCAGUUGGCAGAGUUGCCGUCCUCGAACAGAGUGGUGCUUGAAAAAGGCUGUCCAGAUCUUAGUGGCGAUGAUGAGACAAGUCAAACUGUUACAGAUGACACUGGUCCCAGUGAGUUUAAGAUGGAGCAGAAUGGUACUGACAAGGGAAGUGGUAGCGGUCUUCAAGAUUUCGCUGUUCUCUACAAAGAAUGUGGAAAUGGGCCACCAGUUUUGAAUAAUGGUGUUAAGAUGGAAGCAAGCAAGACUGGCAGUUGUUCACCUGUCCAUGAGCUCGGAAUGAGGGACUGUAAUCUGGUAUUUCCAGAAGGAGGUAAUCCCCAGAAAGGGGAAGCAGUUUUGCAAAAAUCAGUGAACGGUGGCAGAGAACUGGAUCGUGAAUGGGAGAAUCAUGAGGGUGCCUUUCAAAAUGGAGGACUGGUUGAGAAUGGAAGUGCAGGGAAAGACACCAUGGCAUCAAAUCAGGAAGAGAAAGAGAAAACGAUAGAGAGUGACCACGAGGGAGUGUACAGAGAGUUUGAAUCAUCCAAUGGUCUGACUGUGCAUCAUGGUGGAGAUGCACAAAGCCAGCCAGCGGUCCCUUCAAAGGAGGACUUUGUGACGGAGGAAAAAGAAAUGGAGGAAAGCAAACAAGAGUUUUGUGAUCCAGUUCGAGGAAUGGAAUCUGGCAGAAAGGGCAAACUCAACAACAACCGGCUGCAGCCUGUCAGCGUUCCUUAUGGUGGUGCCCGCCCGAAACAGCCUGUCAGUCUUAAGCUGCAGAUUCCCCAGCCUUUCUCGAACCAAGUCCAUAAUGAAUUUGGCGCCACUGGCAAGAACAAGAACCUGGAGCCACAGUGUGGAACAAGAGGGCUUGAGGAGCCUUGUGUGGCAACUGAGUCUGGGGUCGUUCGAAUGAAUGGAGAGCAUGGAGAUAGCCCUUCAGGGUUACUCAUCCCUUCAGACAGUCCAGAUAAUGACCUUCAGGCAGGACAGCAAUUGAAGAAACCCUUCAGCUCUUUGGGGGAAGUGGCUCCUGUUUGGGUUCCUGACUCUCAAGCACCCAUUUGCAUGAAGUGCGAAGUUAAGUUCACAUUCACUAAAAGAAGGCAUCAUUGUCGGGCUUGUGGCAAGGUGUUCUGCGCUGCUUGUUGUAGUCUGAAAAGCAGGUUGAUGUACAUGGACAGGAAAGAAGCAAGGGUGUGUGUUACCUGCCACCAUGCAAUUAUGAAUGCUCAAUCAUGGGAGAACAUGGUAGGUGGUUGCAACCAGAGCCCAAAUCCCAACAACCCAUCUGAGUACUGCUCCACUCUUCCUCCUCUGCAGCAAGCCCAGGCAUCAGGAGCACUCAGCUCCCCACCCCCAACCGUCAUGGUGCCUGUUGGUGUCCUCAAACAGCUAGGGUCUGAAGGGUCUCUUCCUCGAGAGCAAAGAAGGGUUUGGUUUGAUGACGGCAUUUUACCCAAUGGGGAUGCUACAGACUCUUCUAAAGGGCCGGCAGCAAACCCCAACCCCACACAGCCUGUGACAGCAUCCCAAAAUUCAAACAAAUCCUCAGGAGCCAAUGCUUCUGAGACUGCCCAUGCCACUGGAGCCCCGACCACCAGCCCUGUGGGCAGCGCUCUCAGUCUGAUCCCAGAGGAAGGCCUUCCUCCCAUCCUCAUCUCCACAGGCAUCAAAGGAGGUACGGGAGGCCACAUCACAGACUAUGCUGUGGAGGAAAGACCUUCUGAAAUUGUGCUGAUGCAGCAGCUUGAGGAAGGCGGCUCUGAUCCCCUGGUGUUCGUUCUUAAUGUCAACCUGCUGACCAUGGUCAAACUGGUCAAUUAUGUAAAUAGGAAGUGCUGGUAUAUGACGACAAAGGGAAUGCAUGCCGUGGGCCAGGCAGAGGUUGUAGUGCUUCUACAGUGCCUCCCUGACGAGAAAACCAUUCCCAAGGACAUCUUCGGCCACUUCGUCCAGCUGUACCGGGAGGCUCUCACAGGAAAUGUGUUAAGUCACCUGGGCCACUCCUUCUUCAAUCAGAGCUUCCUGGGCAGCAAGGAGCAUGGCGGCUUCCUUUAUAUCAGCCCCACCUUCCAGACCCUGCAGGAGCUACCGUUGCCAAACCCCCCAUACCUCUUUGGCAUCCUGGUGCAGAAGUGGGAGACCCCCUGGGCCAAGGUCUUUCCCAUCAGACUCAUGCUCCGACUGGGGGCGGAAUACCGAUUCUACCCCUGCCCACUAUUUAGCGUCCGCUUCAGAAAACCCCUCUUUGGAGAGACUGGUCAUACCAUUAUGAACUUACUGGCAGAUUUCCGUAAUUACCAGUACACGUUGCCGGUGGUGAAGGGGCUGGUGGUGGACAUGGAAGUGAGGAAGACUUGCAUCAAGAUACCGAGCAACCGUUACAAUGAGCUCAUGAAGGCAAUGAAUAAGUCCAAUGAGCAUGUGCUGGCAAUGGGAGCAUGCUUCAACGAGCGGGCGGAUUCCCAUCUUGUCUGUGUUCAGAACGAUGAUGGGAACUACCAGACGCAGGCCAUCAGUAUUCAUCACCAGCCUCGCAAAGUGACUGGGGCCUCCUUCUUUGUGUUCAGCGGGGCUUUAAAGGCUUCAUCAGGCUACUUGGCUAAAACCAGUAUUGUGGAAGAUGGCGUGAUGGUGCAGAUUACAGCUGAAAUGAUGGAGGCCUUACGUCAAGCCCUGAGAGAGAUGAAAGAUUUCAGUAUUGCCUGUGGGAAAGCUGAUCAGGAGGAGAACCAGGAGCAAGUCCAUAUCCAGUGGGUUGAGGAUGACCACAACGUCAACAAGGGAGUGAUCAGCCCGAUUGACGGGAAAUCCCUGGAGUCUGUCACCAGCGUUAAGAUCUUCCAUGGCUCGGAAUAUAAAGCCAAUGGGAAAGUCAUUCGUUGGACAGAGGUGUUCUUCCUGCGGAGCGAGGAUCAGACCAAUGGCCUGAGUGAUCCUGCGGACCACAGCCGGCUUGCUGAGAAUGUGGCAAGGGCUUUCUUCGUGGCCUUGUGCCCUCACGUCAAACUUCUCAAAGAGGAUGGCAUGGCCAAACUGGGCCUGCGGGUCACGUUGGACUCCGAUCAGGUGGGCUACCUGGCUGGAAGUAACGGUCAGCCGCUGCUCCCCCAGUACCUGAGCGAUCUAGACAGCGCCCUCAUCCCAGUUAUCCACAGCGGAGCCUGCCAGCUAAGUGAAGGGCCCGUGGUGAUGGAGCUCAUCUUCUACAUCCUGGAAAUCAUCUCUUAAAUUGAGGGAAUCCGUCCAGUCUCAGACUCAUGUCUCCCAGCAGCUCGUCUCUCUCUCUCUCUCUCUCUCUCUCUCUCUCUCUCUCUCUCUCUCUCUCUCUCAUUUGCACUUCAAAGAGCCUGAAAGCUGUGCAGGAACAAGUCCUCCAUACCACCUAUGCACCAUCUCCACGGGGAUCUCCUCUGUCAGCCCCGCUGAAUGCGGAGCUCUCUUUUGUUUCUCCACACCUCUCAACUCCACUAUGGAAACCAUAGGCCAAAAGGGGAGAAUUCAAAAGAACUGUUGUAGCAACACUAAGCUCCUCAAACACAAGAGGGCGCUUUACACGCUCAGUCCUAAAGGAGACUUCCAGAUGGUGAUGAGACUGACAGAAGGGAAGGUCUGCACCAUGAAGUGGAUUCUGGUACACAGUGCCUGGGCCUCAAUUAGAAACGAAGAAUGAGCUUCAGUCUCGCCUCUAAGCUUUAUGAAUCACCAGAUGCUUUAUUUCACGAAUAAGGACCUCAUUAUUAUUUUUUUGGGUUAGGCAAAACUGCUCCAAAGCUAAUGUGAUGUAGCUUCCUCAGAGGCGGGCUACUUGACAUGGCAGCGGAAAGAUUGUGGAACAGUAUUAGGACCGUUGACGAUUGAGUUACUGUUACAAAUGUCAUGAACGGACCUCUGUUAUAGACUUACUAAGAUGAUAAGAUCCAACAAUAAUUUCAAGCGGCCUUCAGAAAUUCAACUACAACUUCAAUUCCACGUAAUGGAAGGUUUUGGGAUGACUGAAGCUCUCAGUCUAAUAAAGCUUUUAUAGUGGAUAGGUUUGGACCGGGACAGAGGAUGAAAUGUUAGUCUCUCUGGGCCACUGCAUUUAGCAUCCCAUCCCUGUCCCAUCUCUUCUUUCAACCUUUUUAGUGGCCCUUGUUUCUAUAAUGUUCUGCCCGUGUUUUUAACAUGUUAUCAUAUGAACGAUUGUGUAAGGAAUAGCAAUGCAGUGCAAGGGAUUUUAAGCCAUCGUUAGGAAAUGGAAGGAGGGAGUAAAGAAUUACUGGAAUUACUAAUACUGAAAUGUUAUUCAAAGAUGAACACUAUAUUCAUAUACGGUAUGAGGAAAGUUUGGGUUUUGGGAUGUGGCUCCAAAGCUCUUAAUUCAGCUAUCAGUUUGGGGUCCUUAAUGGCAUUCAUUUCUCAUAGCAUUAAGGUGCAGUUACAUUAGGGGAAUUUUGCUAGCAAAAAAGUUCAUUUUCUGUUUUCAGUGGUGUACGAUGUGUAAAACUCAAUGAAACCAAGCAACUUUAUGUUGGUCGACAUGUUCAAAUAGGGUUCUGUUGGGAAAUAUGCUGCAUGCAGAAUUCACGGUAGUGUGGAUUGCAAUUUAUAUGACUGGAUUUUGCCUUAGAAAAUGUGUUGAACUAUAAAUGGGACUGCACCUUUUCAUAUUUGUGUAUUUAUGUCCUUUUAUAGAGAUGAUGAAAUCAUGAUCAAUAUGCUUUAGCAGGGCUUCAGACUGCUUCUGAAAUAGUUGCAAAUGCAAAUAUUUGGAAUAUAAGGAGUUCUUGUAAUUUAGGAUGUCACUCUGGAUCACGUUUCAAGAGAAAAGGGCAUUUGCCUUAAAAAUUCAUAAGCUGAUACGUUCUUCAACAAGACAUAUUCCAAAGGGCAACCGGAUUGUUAAUCACUGGUAGAAAGACACUGUGACUACAGAGUGUUUUUAACCAGUCCUCUUUAGCGAACUAGACAUUAUCAAAAUGACUUCAACUAAAGUAUCUUGACUAUGACAAUCACACUGUAGUUAAUCUUUUAGUCGGAUAACAAAGUAAAGGUGGGAUGGUAACGUAUUGUCCUGUUUUGCAUAAUGACUCCGAUAUGGUUGGUUUUAUCAGAUGGCCUACGCUUGAUGAAUGAGGACAGCAGCUGAGAUGAAGAUCCACAGCAAGUCAACCUCACAGCCCUUUAUUAACAGGUCAACAGUCAAGACGUAAAUCAAGUGUUUCUGGCUUUUGGUGAAGAGCGGCGACAGCUUUGGAAGCAGACUGGUCAUGGAAAAUAAAAAGCAUUACAUGAAAGCUGCAUCGUCUUCCCACUAACACAGCCUUUUGUUACUCCCUGUAUUCACCUUUGUCAUUGCUUUUCUAGAUGUGCAGUAUUGUAUAUCUUGACAUUUAUAUAUUUUGUUAACCAUUGCCUUUUUCUAUGUAAUUGUAUUUUAUUUUGGUCAGCCCAAAGCUUAACAGCAUGCAUGCUGAAACCGACAAGAACAUGUAGUUCUCUGAAAGUCAGAGGACGACCUGUUUUGAAUACUAUUGAUUUGAUCUGUUCAAACCUGACAUGGGUGCAAGGGGAAUCCAUUUGCAAUGUAUAAAAAGCCAAAUAGGAAAACAAUACAACCUUUCUUUAUUGUACACUACAAAUGUCAAUAAAACCAGUCUUUAUCAAA